GUUGCUCACGCUGGGAGUGGUUUCCUUCACUGAGGGCGGGUUUGCUCGUUCUUUGUUAUUUCGCUGAGUUUCCCCGAGUCAGUUUCAGAGCAGCCCCGGGAGGAGUGAGAGUGCGAUCGGCCAGCAGCAGCCAGAGCACCGGAGUGAACAAUGGGUGAAUACAUUGAGAAGCAUGACACCUGCGGCACCAUCUGCCUUAAAUACCUCCUCUUCAUCUUCAACUUCUUCUUCUGGUUGGCUGGUGGUGUGGUAAUGGCAGUUGGUAUUUGGACCCUUGUUGAGAAGAGUGAUUAUAUCAGCCUGCUGUCCUCCAGCACCUACGCAGCUGCGGCCUAUAUCCUGGUGGUUGCAGGGGUCAUCGUCAUGCUGACUGGGAUCCUCGGCUGCUGUGCAACCUUUAAGGAGAAGAGGAAUUUACUCCGAGUGUAUUUUGCCCUGCUGCUCUUUAUCUUUGUGCUGGAGAUCCUGGCUGGAAUCUUGGCGUAUAUCUACUAUCAACAGCUCAGUGAUGAUCUGAAGACUAAUCUGAGAGUGACAAUGAUUGAAAAAUACCGGGUGGGAGGAGACACGAAAAUCACCAAGGCCGUCGACAAACUUCAGCAAGAAUUCCGCUGCUGUGGGAGCAACAACUCCAAGGACUGGCAGGAGAGCGAGUGGGUGAAGGCUGAUAAAUCCGGAAAGAGAAUUGUACCUGACAGCUGCUGCAAAACCAUGAGCACCGGGUGUGGCAAGAGAGACCAUCCUUCCAAUAUCUACAAGGUGGAGGGAGGCUGUAUCACCAAGCUAGAAGGGUUUAUCAUGGCCCAUUUGAAGAUUAUUGGAGCAGUGGGAAUAGGAAUCGCCUGUGUCCAGGUAGGAACACAAUUGACGGAGACAUGGAUAGGGAGUAGGAAGGUGUGGCUGAACAACCGAGUGCGGAAUGCCUGAACACACUGACUGACAUGUACAACAGGUCCUAGCU